AUGAUUCUGGAACCACUAAUGUAUGUCAGCAAACAAAUCUUCGAGCUGAUGUACGUCAUCCAGUCUUUUUCUCUCUUGAGCAGAGAUGUCUGUGUAGCUCUGAAUCUCCUCAAAAUGGCAGAAGAUGCCAAGACAACCACUGUCGUACUAGAAAGCCCUCAUUGGUCAGACCAGCCAACCACUCAGAUGGUUACCAUGAUGCUUCCAGUGGAGCAUAGACAAGGGAGCAACCAACAAGCGGAAGAGCCUCAACCUCCGGCUCCGAUAACUGUUGAUGAUGUCAACACUGUGACCACAGAGCAAAUGCUGCAAGUCCCAACCAGCAUGACAGUGCCACAGAACCAAGUCAGUGGCUCGAUGCUGGAAGACACGGUCAGUAACUGGUCCUUGUAUAAAGAUCAGUGUUUGCAAAACCUAACCAAGGCCAGUAAUAAAACUGGAAUAUUUUGUAAUGAAAGUUUUGACCAAUUUGCCUGCUGGCCAGAAUCAUACCCAGGAAAUGUGUCAGAACCCUGCCCUUGGUACCUCCCUUGGAUUAAAUCAGGAAGCAUAAGAAGGGUGUACAGGUACUGCCUGGACAAUGGCAGUUGGAUGACUCUCUCAAAUUCUACUGUUAUCUGGCGGGAUCAUUCUGAAUGUUUCGAAGACAGCCAGGAUGUCCAGCAAAAGAAGAAUCAGCAUGGGUUACUGAAAGCCCUGCAAUUGAUCUACACCGUGGGUUACUCACUCUCAUUGGCCUCACUCUCAUUGGCCGUGCUGAUACUGCUGUGGCUUAGGAAGCUGCAUUGUACUCGAAACUACAUCCACAUUAAUUUAUUUUCUUCCUUUAUUCUGCGAGCACUGGCUGUUCUCAUAAAAGAUAUUUUCCUAAGCAACACUUACUCCAAACAUCCAGAUGAUGAAAUGGGCUGGAAGACCUUUUUUGACACCGAGGUUUCAAAUGGAUGUAAAAUGGCCCAAGUUUUCAUGCAUUAUUUUGUUGGAGCCAACUUCUUUUGGCUUUUGGUGGAAGGAAUUUAUCUUCAUAAAAUGAUAGUCCUGGCUGUCCUUGCAGAGAAAAGGCUGUUAAAACAAUACAUCCUGAUAGGAUGGGGGUGCCCACUAUUCUUUGUUAUACCUUGGACAAUAUCAAAGAUUAUCUAUGAGAAUGAAUGGUGCUGGGGAAUAAACAGACACAUGGGCAUCUGGUGGAUCAUCAGGGGACCAGUGAUAUUUGCAAUUAUAAUGAAUUUCUACAUCUUCAUAAAAAUUUUGAAAAUGUUGCUUUCCAAACUUAAAGCCCAACAAAUGCGAUUCAGUGACUACAAGUACAGAUUGGCCAGAUCGACUUUGGUGCUGAUACCAUUGCUUGGGAUCCACGAGUUUGUAUUCAUCUUCCUGACAGACGAGCAAGUUCAGGGUUUCCUGCGACAUAUCCGACUCUUUCUUCAGCUAGCGAUCAGCUCCUUUCAGGGUUUCCUGGUGGCUUUGCUGUACUGUUUUGCCAAUGGAGAGGUUCAAGCAGAAUUGAAAAUGCGGUGGAGGUGCUGGCUGUUGGUAAAUCACUUUGAAUGUAAUGGCUGCGUUUUUGGAAAGCACUUCAAAUCACUGGGGAAAUGCCCGAAACCCAGGUCUAACAGUUAUAUCUGCAGCAGCUCCUACUACAGUGAUACCAGAACUUCUAGCAUGCAACUGAGCACAACGCCCAUGAUGGAGAUGCAGGCACACAGAACCAUCCCAAUGGAGCAGUUCACCCAGACUAGUGUGUCUGAGAGCAGCGAAGGAGAAACAGGUGUUGGAGACAGCCACAUUGGUUCAGUGGGUACUACCAGUGUAGACCUAUGCCUUGCAGAGAAGCAAUACAUCAGGUUUGAUUCUCAGCCGAUGCUAAGUCAACUGAAGCCGGAAAAGGUGCUACAGUGUUUUAAGGUUUACACGGUCUUUGGAAUCCAAGCAGACUCGCGGACUCCCAUCUGA